AUGUCACAGGAUCAUAGAAAAUUAGAUUCUGAAAUUAUUAGCCACAGCAUCAGAGAACUUGUUAACAGCGACGCUUCACUGAAAGUCAAAGUUAUACAAGCCCACAUUGCUGAAAAAUACGGUUAUAGAAUCUCGUAUCGGAAAGCUUGGAUUGCAAAGAUGAAAGCUGUAGAAGCACUUUAUGGAAAUUGGGAGACGUCUUACAAUGACCUACCACAGUGGUUGUUGGUGCUGAAGACAUAUCUUCCUGGAACUGUUAUACAGUUGGAAACAUUGCCGAUUAUUACAGAUGACGGAACCCAGUUGGGUGACAAACGAAAAUUUCACCGACUUUUUUGGGCAUUUGAACCGUGUAUCCGUGGUUUUAGUUUCUGUAAACCAAUCGUGCAAAUAGACGGAACCUGGUUGUACGGCAAGUACAAAGGGACUUUGUUAAUGGCUGUGGCACAAGAUGGAAAUGGUAACAUUUUUCCGAUAGCGUUUGCAUUGGUUGAAGGAGAGACAAAGGAUGGUUGGAGUUUCUUUCUCAAGAAUUUGAGAAUGCACGUGACCCCCCAGGCCAAUCUUUGUCUAAUAUCCGACCGACAUCCAUCAAUCAAGAGUGCUUACGAUGAUCCUGAAAAUGGGUGGCAGUUUCCUCCAUCUUCACAUGUUUACUGUAUCAGACAUAUUGCGCAAAACUUCAUGCGUGAGUUCAGAAACAAAGCACUACGAAAAACAGUUGUCAACAUGGGAUAUGCACUAACAGAGGCAACAUUUAACUACUACAGGGGCGAAUUACGAAGAACAGAUAGAGCAACUUUGGAGUGGAUUGACAAUAUUCCCAGAGCGAAGUGGUCGAGGGCGUUUGACGGAGGACAGCGGUGGGGACACAUGACCACAAAUUUAGCCGAAUCUAUGAACUCGGUACUUAAGGCUACCCGAAACCUUCCUAUUACAGCAUUGGUCAAGUCAACGUACUAUCGUCUAGGAUCGCUGUUUGGAAAACGAGGACACGAUUGGACAAAACUGUUGGCAUCCGGUCAAACUUUCACGAAAAACUGUAUCAAGGGAAUGGCCGACGAGGCUAUUAAAGCUAGCAGUCAUAACGUCAUUCAAUUUGAUCGCGAGAGAUUCUGUUUUAUGGUUGCCGAAUGCAUUAACCAACGCGAUGGCCGACCAUUAGGUACUUUUAGCGUUGAUCUCAGGAGAGGGUGGUGCGAUUGUGGGAGGUUUCAGGCAUUUCAUUUACCUUGCUCUCAUGUAAUCGCAGCAUGUGCCAGUAUACGACAGGACCAUAACAUGCACAUACCAGAUGUUUUCAAAGUUCUAAGUGUAUUCAAAGUAUACAGCCAAAGCUUCCUUGGACUACCACACCAGCAAAAUUGGCCAACAUAUGAAGGAUUCACUCUUUGCCAUGACGAGACAAUGCGACGAAAUAAGAAAGGGCGUCCAAAUAGUACAAGAAUUACAACUGAAAUGGACGAUUUUGAGAAAGAAAAGAGAAGAUGUGGGAUUUGUCGAGAAAUCGGUCAUAUGCGGAGAAAAUGUCCAAACGUGGCAGGCCCAUCAAAUCGGCCCGUCUAA